AUGGCGACGCCAAGCAAACAGCAAGCGAGGCAACGCGUGCACAAAGAGACGGAUUACAUGGAGGACUCGGAGACAGAGGACGACAACACUCAGUUACCUCCGCAAUAUCAGGCAGAGCCCAAGGAUGCUUCUCUUUCAGAAGAGAUUAGACCAGAAAGUGCGGGUUUUAGCAAGGCAAAGCUUAUGUCGCAAAACAUAGAGGCCAGUCGUCUUCGAAUGACCAGAAAGAUGGAGGGACUAGCAUCCUCAGCAAGGAUCACCGACGACGGCCGAAUCAUGGUAUCGCUCGACCUCAAGAAAGCGCUUCCCGAUCUACCAGAGAACUACGCCAACCCUGUCCGUGAAUUUGCUGUCGAUUCUGAUCUCUGGAAGCAUCUCGAUGGAAUCGUCGAACUGCCAGGCAUUCGAGCAGGAGGAAAGAUACCAAAGCUGAACAUUGUAAUCAUGAUCGUCGGUAGUCGUGGGGAUGUUCAACCCUAUGUCGCUCUCGGUCAAACACUCCGGAAACAAGGACAUCGUGUCCGGAUUGCCUCACACGAGGCAUUCCGCUCCUUUGUUCUGGAGAACGCACUCGAGUUUUACAGUAUUGGUGGAGACCCCAAAGAACUCAUGUCCUAUAUGGUCCGAAACCCUGGUCUCAUACCAGGGUUUACCUCACUGAUGAACGGAGAUAUCACGAAGAAGCGCAAGAUGCUGGGAGAAAUGCUCGAAGGCUGUUGGAAUGCAUGCAUCCUGCCGGACUCCAAUGACCCACACCCAUUUGUUGCCGAUGCGAUCAUCUCCAAUCCUCCAGCAUUCGCACAUAUUCACUGUGCAGAGGCUUUGGGUAUUCCUCUGCAACUAUCGUUCACCAUGCCGUGGUGUCCAACGACCUCCUUUCCGCAUCCCCUGGUCAACAUUAUAUCUUCCAAUGCAGAACCUGGGUUGACAAACUAUCUGAGUUACGCACUCGCGGAGAUUAUGACUUGGAAAGGUCUCGGUGACGUGAUCAACCAUUUCCGGAAGCGCACUCUCGGGCUCGAACCGCUUUCUAUCCGCUCAGGUCCCGGAAUUGUCGAUCGGCUCAAGGUACCAUGGACGUACUGCUUCAGCCCUUCUCUCGUGCCCAAACCUCCUGAUUGGAAGAACCAUAUCGAUGUCGUUGGAUUUUACUUUCUGGAUCUUGCCCAAAAUUACAAACCAGCGCAAGAUCUCGCCAAUUUUCUUGCUUCAGGCCCACCACCAAUCUAUAUCGGGGUGCGGGCGCUCGUAUCGGCUGGUUGGGGAGGACUCGGAAAUGCAAACAUCCCUCCACAUAUAUUCAUACUUGGAAACGUACCUCAUGACUGGCUCUUCACCAAGGUAUUCGCCGUGUGCCAUCAUGGUGGGGCUGGAACGACAGCAAUUGGGCUGAGGUUGGGCAAGCCAACGAUCGUUGUUCCAUUCUUUGGUGAUCAGCCGUUCUGGGGCGCCAUGAUUCACAAGGCCGGCGCUGGGCCCAAACCGAUCAAGAAGGAUAAAUUGAAUGUCCAAACGCUCAAGGAUGCGAUCGAGUUUUGCAAAACCGAUGUCGCGAAGCAUGCGGCUGGUGCACUCGGUGAAAGGAUUCGCAAGCAUGACGGUGUCUCAGAAGGCGUGGAUUCCUUUUAUCGCCAUUUGCCGUUGUUGAACAUGCGAUGCGAUUUACUCCCCGAACGGUUGGCCGUUUGGUGGUCCACGGAUCACUGUUUGAAACUCUGCGCGUUCGCAGCACAAGUGCUGGUAGAAGAAAAGCUAUUGGACAUGAAUAGUCUCGAACUACAUCGUACGCGUUUCUAUGCGCUAUGGACCAUUGAUAUCAAUUCGCACGUAGGCGUCAAAGAAUACGAAAGCCGGGCAAAGGCGACUGAUCCUGUAACGGGUGGCGUGAUCGAAAUCUUUCGUACUGUCACGCAUUACUACGGAUCUAUUACGCAAAUUUUCUACUCUCCCAUCAAUGGGAUUAUCAACACCACGACGGCUAUUCCACGCGGUGUGAUCCAAAUUAUUGGUGCGAUACACGAAGGGUUCCACCAUCUUCCCAAAUCGUAUGGCUCCAAAGUGCGCAAAGUGGGCAAAAUUAAAGAUUUCUCAAGUGGAGUACGAGAGGGUGCAAAGGGUGUUUUCUGGGGAUACGCAGACGCUAUCACCGGGCUGGUGACUGAACCCGUUGAUGGCGCAAAGAAAGAAGGGUUUCUGGGGUUUAUCAAGGGAUCUGGUCGUAGUUGCGUCGUCGGCGCAAUAUCACAUCCAAUUACUGGAGCUUGGAUGUCAAUGCGCAAGUUAGCCGGUGUUCAGGAUGCCGAACACCGUGUUUAUGCUGUUCGUGUGCAGCAAGGAAAGGACGACGUAUCAUCUUCAGAUCUGUCACUCGAGGACAGGGAGAGAGUUAUCAGCGCAUUCAAGCGGGCACUUCAACCCGAGGAGGAGAAGCAGAGAAGGGUUACAAUCGAGGAGCGAGUCCGCGAGGCACUCGUCCGAGGUGGUGCGGGGACGCUGAGCGUCGAAGAUACGGGUGGAUCGUCUGGAGAGACAGAAGCCGCUUUGAAACUGUCAUCAAAUGGGGCCUCAACAGAGGAUCCAUCAAAGCCACAGGCAUCAUACAAAAGAGUAGAACCGCCGCAGCUACCACCUCGGGUGACUGCAACUACGGAACACUCUGUGACAAAACCCCUUGUGGAGCAAGCACCACAAGUUUUGUCUCCACCCGACUGGGGAGAGGACGAGGAACGAGAGUUUGAGCGGCAACUCGAGCUUGCAAAGGAGGCAUCUCUUGUCAAUCCAACUUCAAGUUCAAUCGAAGUAGGAGACGAAGAAUUUGAAAAGGAGAUGCGGAUGGCGAUGGAGCUGUCACUCGCGGAGCAGCGUGGGUUUGAGCGGGGUCUCCUCCAGGCAGCGGCUCGAUGGAGAGAAGGAGACGCCGGACAUAUUAACACUCAGGAUUCGUAG